AUGAGUUUUGGGGGUUUCCUUGAAAACACUAGUCCUGGUGGUGGCGGCGCAAGAAUUGUGGCUGAUAUACCUUACAACCAUAACAACAACAUGCCCACUGGUGCAGUAGCUCAGCCUCGCCUUGUCUCUCCUUCUAUCACUAAAUCCAUGUUCAACUCUCCUGGACUCUCUCUAGCCCUUCAACAACCAAACAUAGAUGGUCAAGGAGAUAUAACUAGAAUGGCUGAGAACUUCGAGACAAGUAUGGGUAGGAGAAGCAGAGAAGAAGAACAUGAGAGCAGAUCUGGUAGUGAUAACAUGGACGGUGCUUCUGGUGAUGAUCAAGAUGCAGCUGAUAAUCCUCCAAGAAAAAGAGAUACCACCGACACACUCCACAACAAAUCCAAGAACUUGAAGCUUUGUUUAAGGAGUGUCCUCAUCCUGAUGAGAAACAAAGAUUGGAGCUUAGUAGAAGGCUGUGCUUGGAGACUAGGCAAGUCAAGUUCUGGUUUCAAAAUCACUCAAUUGGAGCGCCAUGAGAACUCACUACUCAGACAAGAGAAUGACAAACUUCGAGCGGAAAACAUGUCCAUAAGAGAUGCUAUGAGAAAUCCAAUGUGCUCAAACUGUGGUGGUCCUGCAAUAAUUGGUGAUAUUUCACUUGAAGAACAGCAUUUGAGGAUUGACAAUGCUAGAUUAAAAGAUGAACUAGAUCGAGUUUGUGCUCUCGCUGGCAAGUUCUUGGGUCGCCCAAUAUCUUCAUUGGCUUCUUCACUUGGCCCUCCAAUGCCAAAUUCAAGCUUGGAACUUGGAGUUGGUAGUAAUGGUUUUGCUGGUUUAAGCACUGUGGCUUCAACAUUGCCUUUGGGACCUGAUUUUGUAGGUGGGAUUUCUGGUGCUUUGCCUGUAGUAACUCAAACUAGGCCAGCAACAACUGGUGUUACUGGUAUUGAUAGAUCACUGGAGAGAUCCAUGUUCUUGGAGUUGGCUUUGGCUGCCAUGGAUGAAUUGGUAAAGAUGGCUCAGACUGAUGAGCCUCUUUGGAUAAGGAGCUUUGAGGGUGGUAGGGAAAUAUUGAACCAUGAGGAUUACUUGAGAACUUUCACUCCUUGCAUUGGAAUGAAGCCUAGUGGCUUUGUUAGUGAGGCUUCCAGAGAGACUGGUAUGGUAAUCAUCAACAGUUUGGCCUUAGUUGAGACACUGAUGGAUUCGAACCGAUGGGCAGAAAUGUUUCCUUGCAUGAUUGCCAGGACCUCCACCACUGAUGUGAUAGCCAGUGGAAUGGGGGGAACUAGAAACGGUUCACUUCAGUUGAUGCAUGCCGAGCUCCAAGUCUUAUCUCCGUUGGUUCCGGUGCGUGAGGUCAAUUUUCUCCGAUUUUGCAAGCAGCACGCAGAGGGGGUUUGGGCUGUUGUUGAUGUGUCCAUUGAUGCUAUCAGAGAAACUUCCGGUGCACCACCAUCAUUCAUGAACUGUAGGAGGCUUCCUUCUGGCUGUGUGGUGCAAGAUAUGCCCAAUGGGUACUCUAAGGUUACAUGGGUUGAGCAUGCAGAAUAUGAUGAAAGCCAAACACACCAGCUCUAUCGGCCUUUGAUAAGUUCCGGCAUGGGCUUUGGCGCCCAACGAUGGAUAGCUACCCUUCAACGCCAGUGCGAGUGUCUAGCCAUUCUCAUGUCCUCUAAUGUACCUAGUAGAGACCAUACAGCGAUAACUGCAAGUGGUCGCCGAAGCAUGUUGAAGCUGGCGCAAAGAAUGACUGAUAACUUCUGUGCCGGGGUUUGUGCCUCAACAGUACACAAAUGGAACAAGCUGAAUGCAGGAAAUGUGGAUGAAGAUGUUAGGGUUAUGACCCGAAAGAGUGUUGAUGAUCCUGGUGAGCCACCGGGCAUUGUUUUGAGUGCUGCCACCUCUGUUUGGCUACCUGUUUCUCCACAGAGACUCUUUGAUUUCCUCCGCGAUGAACGCCUCAGAAGCGAGUGGGACAUACUCUCGAACGGCGGACCAAUGCAGGAAAUGGCCCACAUUGCCAAAGGCCAAGAUCAUGGCAACUGUGUCUCCCUCCUACGUGCUAGCGCCAUGAAUGCUAACCAGAGUAGCAUGUUAAUACUGCAAGAGACAUGCAUAGAUGCGGCAGGGUCCCUUGUGGUGUACGCUCCCGUUGACAUUCCGGCCAUGCACGUCGUGAUGAACGGUGGUGAUUCGGCUUACGUGGCGCUUCUUCCGUCGGGGUUCGCAAUCGUACCAGAUGGACCGGGUUCACGUGGCCCCCCAACAACAAACGGUGGACCAACAGCUAAUAAUAAUAGCAAUGGUGGUGGCCCAGAGAGGGUGAGUGGGUCCCUCUUGACGGUGGCAUUCCAAAUAUUGGUGAAUAGUCUCCCUACAGCCAAGCUCACAGUAGAAUCGGUGGAGACGGUCAACAACCUUAUUUCAUGCACUGUCCAAAAGAUUAAGGCUGCUCUACAAUGUGAAAGUUGA